AUGAUUCCACCAGCCGAAUCUCUCCUCAAAUACGAUCAUCCAGUUUUGAUCAGGAAAAGCACUGACAGAAAAUCACCAAAGGUAAGUUUAGUAACGCCAGCCAAGUUUAACCCACGUUUAGUGGUCAAAUCUACCCCUGUUCCACCACCUCCAAAAUCCAAACCCACCUCUACUGACACCACCAAGCAGGAAGACGAGGAGAUCCUAAACGCCAUCCUUCCACCCAGGGAAUGGACUGAGGGAACCCAGCUGUGGGUGCAGAAAGUGUCCAGUGCACCUUGUACAAGAACAGAUGUUAUUCACCUGGAGGAGCUGUUGGACACAAAGCUGUACCAAAGGCAGGCCAGACAGACAGGAAUCUGCCCUGUCCGCAGGGAGCUCUAUCCUCAGUGCUUUGAUGAGCUCCUCAGACAGGUGACCAUCAUCUGUGCUGAGAGCGGCCUGCUGCUCUCGCGGGUCAGAGAUGAGAUUCAAAUGACUAUUCCUGUCUACCAGACUCUGUAUGAAAACAGUGUGGCCUUUGGUAUGAGGAAAGCCCUUCAGUCAGAGCAGGGAAAGGUUGACAUGGAGAAAAAAAUUACUGAUCUUGACGAUGAGAAACUGGAGCUGAAAAAGCAACUGAACGAACUCAAGUCUCAACGUGAUGCCAUUGAAAAAUGAGAAACUGAAAGGCGACAGAUUGAAGAAAGGAAGCACGUGGAAGAGAUCCAGUUCCUCAAGAGAAGCAACCUGCAGCUCAAGACCCAACUGGAAUUGAUCCUCACACCAAAGAAGUAACACCACCAUCAAUAACAGAGUGGCCAUUUGACUGCACACAAUGUGACAUUUGUCUUGUUUCUAAAUUCCACACAGUGUAAUCAGAAAGAGUUUCAUUUAUUCCAACAGCAUGACAUGACAAGUACAGCUCAAGUACUGUACACAUCUCUUGAACAUCAAGAGAGCAUCACACGUGUUUAUGAUGAAUGAAAAGUCAUUCAAACACAGUUCUUGGUUGAGGGGGAGAAAAAGUUGAGAAGGCAGUUUUUGUUCCGAGAGCGACACGCGG